AUGGCAAACAGUGCCUCUCCUGAACAGAAUCAAAACCACUGUUCAGCCAUCAACAACAGCAUCCCGCUGAUGCAGGGGAACCUCCCCACCCUGACCUUAUCUGGAAAGAUCCGAGUGACAGUGACUUUCUUCCUUUUUCUACUCUCCACCAUUUUUAAUGCUUCUUUCUUGUUGAAACUUCAGAAUUGGACUCAGAAGGAGAAAGGGAAAAAGCUCUCCAGAAUGAAGGUGCUUUUAAAACACUUGACUUUAGCCAACCUGUUGGAGACUCUGAUUGUCAUGCCACUAGACGGGAUGUGGAACAUUACAGUCCAGUGGUAUGCU